AUGGAGCACUCAGAUGGCAACUCCACACAGCCACUUCUCACAAACACUGCAGAUGAUUCCCAUCCACACCCACAAACCGCCGCAGUUUUCACAGCUGGCACCCCUGACAUCGCUCCUAUCACCGGCCCCGGCGACUUCUACAGGGAAUUCAUGGUGGAGUCCAAGAAGCUCUGGUUCCUCGCCGGUCCCGCCAUCUUUUCCUUCGUCUCAAAGUAUUCCCUAGGCGCCUUCACUCAAAUAUUUGCUGGCCACGUCGGAACCAUUGACCUCGCCGCCGUAUCCGUCGAGAACUCCCUCAUCGCUGGCUUCUCCUUCGGUAUAAUGCUAGGGAUGGGAAGCGCGUUGGAAACGCUGUGUGGGCAAGCAGUGGGGGCAGGGAAUCUUGACAUGCUAGGCUUGAACUAUUCUGAAUCUCAUAGGCCAAGACCCCAACAUAUCUCAAGCUGCGGGAAAAUUCGCCGUAUGGAUGAUUCCGCAGCUGUUUGCAUACGCGCUCAAUUUUCCGGUGGCGAAGUUCUUGCAGGCGCAGAGCAAGGUGAUGGUGAUCGCUGUGAUAUCCGGGGUGGCCAUGGUGGUGCACCCGUUGUUGAGCUGGUUGCUAAUAAUGAAGGUGGAGUGGGGUCUGGUGGGUGCGGCGGUGGUGCUAAAUGGGUCGUGGUGGUUUAUAGUAGUGGCUCAGUUGGGUUAUGUGUUCAGUGGUUGGUCUUGGAAACAUGGUACUUCAUGGCCAUCAUCUUGUUCGCUGGAUACCUGAAAAAUGCAGAAAUAUCCGUCGACGCCUUCUCUAUCUGUGUGAGAAUAUCGAAUGAACUAGGAGCACAUCACCCAAGAACAGCAUUGUUUUCUCUGGUGGUGGCUGUGAUGACUUCAAUUUUGAUAGGACUUUUACUGGCUCUUGUUUUGAUGAUCUCACGGAAUGAGUACCCUUCUCUGUUUUCAAACGACACAGAAGUAAAAAAAUUGGUGAAGGAACUAACACCAUUCUUAUGCUUCUGCAUUGUAAUUAAUAACGUUCAACCUGUUCUUUCAGGAGUUGCAAUUGGGGCUGGAUGGCAGGCUCUUGUUGCGUAUGUAAACAUAGGAUGCUAUUAUCUUUUCGGAAUUCCUGUUGGUCUUGUAUUGGGUUACAAGGUUGACUGGGGUGUCAAGUUAUUUAUUGUGGUGAAUUGUUGGAUUUCAGGGAAUCUGGCUUGGAAUGAUGUCAGGGACAUUGCUGCAAACGCCUCCCUUGCCAAAGAUAGGAUACGGACAUGGGGUGGACAUAAGAAAGCCAACGACAAAGAAAACACACAAGAAACAUGA